CUCACAUCCUGCACAGCAGAGUUUCACAGAGCUGUCUGAGUCUGAGUAUGUAACCCAGAGAGUCAGGAAGCCUCAUGAUGCGGAGAAAGAGAUACACAGUUGCAGCUGCUCUCCUGCUGUGUGCGGUGAAAGCACUAUGCUCUGAUGGAGUUCAGAAUCAGACGUGUGUGUCCAGUUGGAAGCUAGAGUGCUUUCAGCCAGCUGACCACCUAGAAGCCACUGAUCCUGUGAUCUUGAAGUUGUCGGAUGGUAAGCAACUCAUCAUCUCCCUGGAGGGCCUCCCUAAUAACACUGUCUGCCAGUGGAGGAGCGAAAAAGGCCAAAUGAUAGAAAUAAACAGGCGUGUCUCCACAGUCAUACCACAACUUUCAAUGACAGAUUCUGGGAGGUACAAUCUGAGCUGUGGAAGUUGGAAUGGGACCAAUGUCUUAAAAACUGUUGAUCUUGAUGUAGCUGGAUGUCCCUCAAAACCACAGCUGUCUCUGGAUAAAAUGGACGACAAGCAUAGUUCUCCUUAUUUUAAGUGCAUCUCUAAGGGUUCUCCAAGUCCCAAAAUUCAGUUUCGUCCAGUAAUGGAUGACAAACAGAGAGAUAUUGAAGCUCCGACAGAAGAGAGCUCCACUAUCUCAACUACCUUGUAUUAUAUAAGUGGAGUGAUGUGUUGUGCCACCAACAAUGAAGGACAAGAAUGCACCCAGCUGCAUGACUUUGCCUUUGAUACUAAUUCAGCGCAACAACAUGAAGUUUCUAGUGUGACCAUAAGCCCCGGUGAUCCUUUGGUACUUCGCUGCAGAAAUGAAGACGAUUCAAGUAUUAGUUGGGAAUAUGAUGGCAAAGUUUUGGUGAACAAAGCAAAUGAGAUCUGUAUUAGAGAGGAUCGACAUUACCAAAGUAAAAUGGUGUAUGUUUUCAUCAAAUCGGUUACCUUUAACCACAGCGGCAGAUACACCUGCAACAAAUUUAAAUCUGUGGAUGUUCAUGUUACGGCUGAGAGCUUCCUCUCCUCCCAGCUUCCUAACCAGUUUGUGAUAACUCAGAACAACUCCUGUUUGGAAGCAGGUGUCUCCUACCACCCUAUGCUACAGUACUGCUACUGGGAAGCUCCUGAUGGUAGUGUCACUAAAUGCAUCAUGGACCUGUGGGUCGCAAAUAACAGGACUUUGAAGUAUUGUAAUUCACUGCAGUCAGGAGUAUAUAAGCUACACUUGGCAGCUGGAGGAAAAACAGAAACAAAGACUACAACAGUUUGUGUUGUAGAUGCACAGACACAGAAAUUCAGAGAAGAAAAUAAUCACUUCGUGGUUGAGACUGUGAGUACCCUGCCAGCAAACUCUACAUGGAUGUCAAGCUCAUCCUCCAACAACAGCUUUGAUACAGACACAGUCUGGGAAGUGAUUAGGGAGGUGAAUCACCCAGUUUCUGGUGACUUCUGUAACAUGAAACUCUACAGCUCCAUAAGCCAAGACCUGGUGACUGGAGAGAAAUUAAAGUUUUGCUUGAAGAACCAAGUUUGGCUUGAAAACCCCUGGUGUAAUGUUUAUUAUGUGUAUGGAAACCCCAAAACCCAAGCCUUCAGAGCUGAUCCACCUUCUGAUAAUAGCGUACUGCUACUGAAAAUCGGAACAAUGGCUUUGCUCCUGGCUCUGGCACUAGUCUCAGUGCUGCUCUUGUACUACAUCAAGAAGAAGAAACCCCAAUAUCAGCCUCAUCUUCAGAUGAUCCAGAUGGUUGGACCUAAUGACAACGACUACAUCUACAUCAACUUCAAGGACUUUAUUUACGACCAGAAAUGGGAGUUUCCUAGGCAGAACCUAAAGCUUGGAAAAGAGCUGGGCUCUGGAGCUUUUGGCAGGGUGGUUCAGGCUACAGCUUAUGGCAUCAACCAGCCUGGAGUUUCACAGCAGGUGGCCGUCAAGAUGCUACAAGAAAAACACCACUCUGUAGAGAAGGAAGCUCUCAUGUCUGAGCUCAAGAUGCUGACUCACAUUGGUCAGCAUGACAACAUCGUUAACCUGCUCGGUGCAUGCACAGAGACUGGACCCAUAUACCUGAUUUUCCAGUAUUGCUGCUAUGGUGACUUGCUGAAUUAUCUGAAGAAGAGCGGUGACCGCUAUCACAAGUCUGUGACUGAUGCCUUUAACAGGGACCGUUUCAGCAGCCUGUACCACAACCUGCAGCCCAAGAAAAACUCCAAGGAGCUGAUAACAACAGCAAACAACUACGUGCCCAUGCAAGACUCCACCACAAGAGGGCAGGAGAACGUUGCCCUCAUCACCUUCAGCUCCAAUGACAUGGAAGAUCCAGAAAUGUAUGAGAGUGAAGAAGAUCAGACAGAACUGCAGGCUCUCACCUUUGAUGAUCUGCUCAGCUUUGCCUUUCAAGUGGCCAAAGGGAUGGAGUUCCUCUCCUCCAAAAAUUGCAUCCAUCGAGAUCUGGCAGCUCGAAACGUGUUGAUAACAAAAGGGUGGCAGGUGAAGAUUGGUGACUUUGGGCUGGCCCGGGACAUCGAGAAUGAUUCCAACUAUGUUGUGAGAGGAAAUGUGCGCUUGCCGGUUAAGUGGAUGGCUCCAGAGAGCAUCUUUCAGGGGAUGUACACCAUGAAGAGUGAUGUCUGGGCUUAUGGCAUUCUGCUCUGGGAGAUCUUCUCACUCGGCGUCACUCCGUAUCCAGGUAUUAAAGUGGAUCACACGUUCUACACAAUGAUUGAGAGAGGAUUUAAGAUGGAGUGUCCAUACUAUGCCAGUGACUCUGUGUAUGGUAUCAUGUGCAAGUGUUGGGCUCUGAAUUCCAACAGCCGCCCGUCCUUCUCCAAGCUAGUGGACUUCAUGAGUGACCUGCUGCUGGACAGAGAAGAGAAGCUCUACCAGAACAUUUUUGACCAGAAUUCCAGUGACUAUCAGAAUACAUCAACCUGUGUGGAUGUUUCAGCCUUGGUAAAAGAAAGUGGAAGCAAGUCGGCGGCGGCCAAUGACUACUGCAAAGCCAAUGUGAGAGAGGAAAACAAAGCAGAGGCAUGGAAGUCAGAGGUUGUUGUCGAAGAGGAGCCUCUGAAGCUCUGUGAUGAAGAGUGAUCUCCUACUCAAACUAUUUUAUCCACAGCAUAUAAAACAAACUAAUUUUCUGUUCAUUAUAACCAUGAAAAUACAAUAUACUGGCUUUAUGUUCUUUUACAAAAAUGAUGGGCAUUAUAAAUUUAUAUUUACAUUAAGUUCAUUUAGCAUUAAUGUUAUAUAAUUGUGUUGCUCUUUUAUAACGUGUUGAUUCAAGAAUACUGCUUUUUAUAUAAAUGUGGAGAUUUUCAUGGUUCACCUAAAACUGAAAUGCAUGUUUCAUAAUGGGAUUAUUAGUGUUUUUUUUGUGGAAAACUGCAUCGCCACGGCAUGAUGCAGUUUGGGGUUAUAGUGUAGUGUUUGGUUUGUUGCCAAAUUAAAUAGUGUGUAAGUAGACCAGAAUGUUCACAAUAUAUAAAAAACAAUGUACCCACUAUUCUGCUCGCUAUAUUAUAACAUUUAUUUAAUAUACAUAUAUAUGUAUUUUUUUGCUUUUUUAUAACUUAACCUGUACAUAAUAAUGCUUUAUUUUGUGACAUACCGUAGAAGCUACAUGUUAUAAUCAAAAUGAAAAAUAACAAUGCAACUGAUCAAAUAUUAGUUACAGGAUUCUGAUAUAUCAUAUUCUGGUCAGUUUUAUCAUUCAGAUUGAAAUGCACCAACAUCUGUUACAAGCAUUUUAAGCCCAUUGUAACAAAGUAAUCAUAUCAGUUCAUCAUAUCAUUUUAUAGCCAAUAUACUGUACUUCUUAAUCUCAUGUAUAACAGCAAUAAAAAUAUAUUUUACUUAUUAAAGAUCA